UUCCGCCCUGGCCCAGGUGUGAGGCCCCGGAGGCCCGGCAGACCCGCCCAGGGCCGGGCAUCCAGUCGGCGCUGCCCGCUCCAGGAGGGACUUGUUCCGACUCCGGAGGGGAAGAGGCCGCAGGCCCGGGAAGGCCCCCAACGGCCACACAGUCACCGGGGAAAAGAAACCAGGAAACGGUGACGCACAGCCGGCAGCGCUGACUCAGCGGCGGCUCCCCAGGGCAGCCGCCCCCUCCCCCAACCCCGGACAGUGACCCCGCCUGCGGGCGCAGUCCCCUGGAAGCGGCAAGUCCUGUGACUACCGCCCUCUGGCGCCCCGGAGCAGGGGCUGCCCCUAAAGCCGCCCGGGGCCCCAGGCCUGUCCCGGCUCCAUCUGCCUGCAGCCUUUCGGCUCCACGCCCGGCCCGCAGGGGGCGCUCUAUCGCAGGGGACCCCAGCUCACCCGGCGGGGGGGGGGGGGGGGGAAGGGGGCCUCCUUCCGGGGCCGCUCGCUCCUGAGCCCACAGGAGCCCUGGCAGCGCCUGGGAGGGGUCGGGGGGGAGGGGCCGGGGGACUUCCCGAUGGGGCGGCCUCGGGCCCCAGGGACAACCUCCUCCUCCUUCUCGCCGGACUUUGGGAGAGGCGGCUCCGGCCUCCGCCAGAGAACGGGAGAAGGGAGGCGAGCGGUUGCCCAGCGCCCGAGCCUCUCGCCGGCUCACGCACUAGCGGGAAAGGGGAGGAGCCUGCGGGGAGUCGGACAGUUGGGGGGCCCGCGCUCGCGGACCCCCGCCUGGAGAACGCGCCCCGGCCCCCCACCGGUCCUCCUCAAGCCAAGAUGGCGCCCCUGGCAUCACUGUCCUCCUCGCCCGCCUGAGAAAGAGACGCUGUCGCUGUCGCUGUCGCUGCCGCCGCCUCCUCCCGGACCAGCCCGCCCCACCCCGCCCGGUCAGGACCUACAGGACCCACGUGCCGCCCGGAGGAGCGGGAGAUCAGCUGCGGGGAGAGCAUGGCUGCCACAGCCGCCAAGCGCGACGGCCCCCCCUUCAUUAGCGAGGCCGCGGUCCGCGGGAACGCCGCCGUGCUGGACUAUUGCAGGACGUCCGUGUCCGCCCUCUCGGGAGCCACGGCGGGCAUCCUGGGCCUGACCGGCUUCUACGGCUUCAUCUUUUACUUCCUGGCGUCCACCCUCCUCUCUCUGCUCCUCGCCCUCAAGGCCGGCCGGCGGUGGAACAAGUACUUCAAGUCUAGGCGGCCGCUCUUUACCGGGGGCCUGGUGGGGGGGCUCUUCACCUACGUCCUCUUCUGGACUUUCCUGUACGGCAUGGUGCAUGUCUACUGAGGGGAGGGGGCUGCCAGGGCUUCUGUGCGCCCCGGAGGGACUGGCCCGGCUCCGAGCCCUCGCUUUCCGGUGGAGUCACCGCUUGUGCUGUUAAUGUUAUUAGUAACUUAUGUCAGGAGAGAGAUCCCUGGUGGUAGUCCGCAGAUUAAAUCAAAUGUGAAACCUGG